AUGGAUGAGAAUGGAGAGAGAGCAGAGAAAGAGGAGAAGAGGUGCGGCCAUAUGGAGAAAGUAUGUGUUACCUAAAGCAUCCUGCUGGGCCUCUCAGAUGCCAAGUGUGUCCCUAAAGACAUCCUCUGGUAUCACCCUCUCCUCUCCCUGUCCAUCUCUCAGAUGCCAAGUGUGUCCCUAAAGACAUCCUCUGUGGUAACCCUCUCCUCUCUCUGUCCAUCUCUGGUCCACUUACUACCUCUGGCCAGGUCUGGAGAAAAACAACGUUUCGUAUGACAGGUUGGUCCAGUUUCUCAGAACUGCUGGCUGCUUUGGAGCUGUGAACUCCCAGUCAUCUAAACUCCCAGUAGUCUGCAGCAGCUACUGACUCUGUGUGAGGAGAGAGUGUGAUCUCUGGAUGGUCUGAGCGCUCUGCUCAUUACUGUAAAGAUUUCGCAGAUGUGAGGUACAGAGCUAGCUAGUGAGUGCUAGCCCAUUGUAAGGCGUCACCUUCCCUGAGACCUGAAGUGGUGUUGUCCUAGUGUUAGUGUUGGUGAGCAUGCUAGCUUCUGUUUGUGUUUCUCUGAUCGUUAGUGUCUCCUCACCUCAGUGCAGCCAAAGAUGGUCUACUGAUAAGAUACCGGAGUCUCCAAUCGAACAAUGGGAAUCAAUGCCCGCUAAGGCGGAAGGCAGGCGGGAUCAGGCGGGAACAUUCUAGCCAAUGAGAAGGCAGACACACUUCUGUACAACAGGCACAACAGGCAUCCACUUAUAUCAGUACAUUCGUGACAACUUAAACAUUACAAAACGUAUAUUAUAUCAAAUAAGCCACACGUAGAAAAUUAGCAAUUACAUUUUAUGUUGACCAAAAUCAACACUCUCUCAUUAAUCUCCAUACAAAAAAAUCUCUGCUUCCAAUGCUUUACGCUUUAUUUUCAAGCAGACAGAUUUUGGGGUGGGGUGGCGAGAGCUCCCUCAGUCAUGGAGGGUAUUUGCUCCAUUGUUUACGCUUUUGUUGUUGGCUUGAUCUGAUUCAUUCUAAUGGUGUGUACAGUGCCUUGCAAAAGUAUUCACCCCCCUUGGCGUUUUUCCUAUUUUGUUGCAUUACAACCUGUAAUUUAAAUUGAUUUUAUGUAAUGGACAUACACAAAAUAGUCAAAAUUGGUGAAGUGAAAUUAAAAAAAUAACUUGUUUCAAAGAAUUCUAACAAAUAAAUAACGGAAAAGUGGUGCGUGCAUAUGUAUUCACCCUCUUUGCUAUGAAGCCCCUAAACCAAUUACCUUCAGAAGUCACAUAAUUAGUUAAAUAAAGAAGAAGAUGAAGACCAAGGAGCUCUCCAAACAGGUCAGGGACAAAGUUGUGGAGAAGUACAGAUCAGGGUUGGGUUAUAAGAAAAUAUCAGAAACUUUGAACAUCCCACGGAGCACCAUUAAAUCCAUUAUUAAAAAAUUGAAAGAAUAUGGCACCACAACAAACCUGCCAAGAGAGGGCCGCCCACCAAAACUCACGGACCAGGCAAGGAGGGCAUUAAUCAGAGAGGCAACAAAGAGACCAAAGAUAACCCUGAAGGAGCUGCAAAGCGCCACAGCGGAGAUUGGAGUAUCUGUCCAUAGGACCACUUUAAGCAGUACCCUCCACAGAGCUGGGCUUUACGGAAGAGUGACCAGAAAAAAGCCAUUGCUUAAAGAAAAGAAUAAGCAAACAAGUUUGUUAUUCGCCAAAAGCCAUGUGGGAGACUCCCCAAACAUAUGGAAGAAGGUACUCUGGUCAGAUUAGACUAAAAUUUAGCUUUUUGGCUAUCAUGGAAAACGCUGGCGUAAACCCAACACCUCUCAUCACCCCGAGAACACCAUCCCCACAGUGAAGCAUGGUGGUGGCAGAAUCAUGCUGUGGGAUGUUUUUCAUCGGCAGGGACUGGGAAACUGGUCAGAAUUGAAGGAAUGAUGGAUGGCGCUAAAUACAGGGAAAUUCUUGAGGGAAACCUGUUUCAGUCUUCCAGAGACUUGAGACUGGGACGGAGGUUCACCUUCCAGCAGGACAAUGACCCUAAGCAUACUGCUAAAGCAACACUCGAGUGGUUUAAGGGGAAACAUUUAAAAGUCUUGGAAUGGCCUAGUCAAAGCCCAGACCUCAAUCCAAUUGAGAAUCUGUGGUAUGACUUAAAGGUUGCUGUACACCAGCGGAACCCAUCCAACUUGAAGGAACUGGAGCAGUUUUGCCUUGAAGAAUGGGCAAAAAUCCCAGUGGCUAGAUGUGCCAAGCUUAUAGAGACAUACCCCAAGAGACUUGCAGCUGUAAUUGCUGCAAAAGGUGGCUCUACAAAGUAUUGACUUUGGGGGGGGGGGGGGGGGGGGUGAAUAGUUAUGCACGGUCAAGUUUUCUGUUUUUUUGUCUUAUUUCUUGUUUGUUUCACCCCCCAAAAUGUUUUGCAUCUACAAAGUGCUAGGCAUGUUGUGUGAAUCAACUGAUACAAACCCCCCAAAAAUCUAUUUUAAUUCCAGGUUGUAAGGCAACAAAAUAGAAAAAAUGCCAAGGGGCGUGAAUACUUUCGCAAGCCACUGUACAUCUUACAGAGAAUGUAUUAAACAUAUCUGUUCUGGGUGCGAGAGUUUUGCCACCUAGUUGGCGGCAGUAGGGGAGGGUGGUAGUUGGGGGCAGUAGGGAAGGGGGGUAGUUGGGGGCAGUAGGGGAGGGGGGUAGUUGGGGGGCAGUAGGGGAGGGGGGUAGUUUGGGGGCAGUAGGGGAGGGGGGGUAGUUGGGGGCAGUAGGGGAGGGGGGUAGUUGGGGGCAGUAGGGGAGGGGGAGUUGGGGGCAGUAGGGGAGGGGGGUAGUUGGGGGCAGUAGGGGAGGGGGGUAGUUGGGGGCAGUAGGGGAGGGGGGUAGUUGGGGACAGUAGGGAGGGGGGGGUAGUUGGGGGCCAGUAGGGAGGGGGGGGUUAGUUGGGGGCAGUAGGGGAGGGGGGGUAGUUGGGGGGCAGUAGGGGAGGGGGGUAGUUGGGGGCAGUAGGGGAGGGGGUAGUUGGGGCAGUAGGGAGGGGGUAGUUGGGGGCAGUAGGGAGGGGGGGGGUAGUUGGGGGCAGUAGGGGAGGGGGGUUAGUUGGGGACAGUAGGGAGGGGGGGUAGUUGGGGGCAGUAGGGGAGGGGGGGUAGUUGGGUACAGUAUGGGAGGGGGGUAGUUGGGGGCAGUAGGGGAGAGGGGUAGUUAAUAAUAAUAAUAAAUAAUAAUAUGCCAUUUAGCAGACGCUUUUAUCCAAAGCGACUUACAGUCAUGCGUGCAUACAUUUUUACCAGCUGAGCUACAGAGGACCACCUAGUUGGCGGCAGUAGGGGAGGGUGGUAGUUGGGGACAGUAGGGAGGGGGGUAGUUGGGGGCAGUAGGGGAGGGGGUAGUUGGGGACAGUAGGGAGGGGGGGUAGUUGGGGGCAGUAGGGAGGGGCGUAGUUGGGGGCAGUAGGGGAGGGGGUAGUUUGGGGACAGUAGGGAGGGGGGGUAGUUGGGGGCAGUAGGGGAGGGGGGUAGUUGGGGGCAGUAGGGGAGGGGGUAGUUGGGGGCAGUAGGGGAGGGGGGUAGUUGGGGACAGUAGGGAGGGGGGUAGUUGGGGGCAGUAGGGGAGGGGGUAGUUGGGGCAGUAGGGGAGGGGGUAGUUGGGGCAGUAGGGGAGGGGGUAGUUGGGGCAGUAGGGGAGGGGGCCUCGUACCCCAGUUCCAGCCCCAGCCCCAUACCCCAGUCCCAUUCCCUACUCUCAGUAUGAGCUGAAUCAGGAGGAAGUGGUACUCCCGACGCAAGCAGCGUGACGUCCUUUACACUAACAACUAUCUUUACUCAGUAGUCUAUAAUGCUCAUUAGGUGUUUGUAUCAAAGCUUUUCUCUGUUUUUUUAAUGAAUAACUUAGUUCACAUGAGCAAUUUCUGCCUCAAGAUGUUGUUGUAUAACGACCUGGUCUUGGCACUUCAAAGUUGGGUUUGAAAACGGUGCUCAUUUGAAUUAUCUUCAAACAAACUAAAACAGUUUGGGAUAAAAGUUGUUUUUCUUUUUAGUUGUUUUUAGAGGAGUCAGCGGUAGACAUUUUCUGUAUCGGUCAGCAUCAGUCCACUUCGACCACUCAUCUGACUCCUGUUGUUGUGAUUGGUGUGUUAGAAAGCGAUGUUUAUUUUGUUGAGUGAGCUUCUCACUGUGUAUCCUAUGGAGUGUGACAGUAUAGUUCCAUUAAAAAUAUUGACCUGUCACUAUUCUGUAUGCGUGUUAAUCAAUGUUGAUCCAUCCUGGUGUGUCCUAGUUUGUUCACUCCAGCCGAUUAUCAAUUAGACAGUAGUUUAUCUGAUUGGACGACAGACACUAGGAGUACGAACAAAUAUGAAAAUGUAUGCACUCACUAACUGUAAAUCGCUCUGGAUAAGAGUGUCUGCUAAAUGACGUAAACGUAAAACGUAUAUGUACCUUAGAUUAUCACACUCUGAAUAUCUACCUCAUAGAAUACCUGAAAUAUACAAGGACUACCGCAUUUUGAAUACGGUAGAUAGUCACAGCACUAUGAAGGAUGAAAUGAAAACCUAAAGUGGGUCCCCAUGUCAAGAGUAAAAAGACAGAUUAUAUCCAUGAGCUCGCCUUGACUGACAACUCUUUGAAACUCAAGUAACUUGGAUACAGUGUUGCAUAAAGCUAAUCUCAAGCUAAUUUGGUGAUACACAAAGCAACUCAAACAUUGACAUUGUAUUUAAAAAAAUGUUUGUAUGCAUCUUCCGCUUGACAUAUCUCUUGUAGUGUGGUUCACAGCAGCACUGACAGAUGUGUUGACUUGAAGGACCCUUCCCCCCAUUUUGUUCCAUGCUGGCUGAAGACCCAGCUAGCCAGUAGUGUUGAGCAAUUUACUAAAAUGUUGGUUAUUUUUAGUUUUUUAAACCCACUUACAUUUAACCCACUUGAAUUACAUUUAAUUCGUGUUUUUUUCUGUGGGCCCAAUGCGCAAAUUGCACAUCGUUUCUCUAGAGAGAAAUCAGAUCCAGCCUGAACUGUGCGAUGCCAACUGAACAAAAAUAUAAACGCAACAUGUAAAGUGAAAUGUUCCAUAUGCACAAAAAGCUUAUUUCGUUCAGAUCACUUCCCUGUUAGUGAGCAUUUCUCCUUUGCGAAGAUAAUCCAUCCACCUGACAGGUGUGGCAUAUCAAGAAGCAUGAUCAUCACACAGGUACACCUUGUGCUGGGGACAAUAAAAGGCCACUCUAAAAUGUGCAGUUUUGUCACACAACACAAUGCUACAGAUGUCUCAAGUUUUGAGGGAGCCUGCAAUUGGCAUGCUGACUGCAGGAAUGUCCACCAGAGCUGUUGCCAAAGAAUUGAAUGUUCAUUCACCUGCGGGAUCAUCUGAGACCAGCCACCUGGAUAGCUGAUGGAACUGAGAAGUAUUUCUGUCUUUAAUAAAACCCUUUUGUGGAGAAAAACGUAUUCUGAUUGGCUGGGUCUGGCUCCCCAGUGGGUGGACCUAUCCCCUCCCAGGCCCACCCAUGGCUGCGCCCUUGGCCAGUCAUCUGAAAUCCAUAGAUUAGGGCCUAAUGACAUUAUUUCAAUUGACUGAUUUUCUUAUAGGAACUGUAACUCAGUAAAAUCUUUGAAAUUGUUGCAUGUUGUGUUUAUAUUUUUGUUCAAUAUAGUAGGGAGUUGUAGUUUCCAACAGGCCAAUAUUCUACAUUGUUUAGCAUAUAAAAUGUGGUAAUUACCUACGAUGACCGUCAUCCAUUGCGAAUCUACUUGUCCGGUCUGUUUCUUUUAUGCCUUCUACAGAAGAGAGAAGAAUGCGUGAUCGUGAGGUCAUACAGAGAGCAACUGUUGCUUCGCGAGGUACCUCCACCUGAAAAUACAUUAUCUAAGUGAUUGAUAGUUGGUAUUCAGCAGUCAUAAAAGCCUUAUGUACUUUGAAAAAGUCAGACAGCGGCUUUAUAGAGAUGAAAUAAAAUAAAACAAAUGUAAUAUACACAACAACUGAAAUAUUUUUAUUAAAGUGAAUUAAUGUGAAUAAAUGAUGUUAAACAAGUGAUAAGCAGUAAUGGGCAGUCACUACCAUCGUGGGACUUUAUUAAUUGUUUUAUUCUGUGUUGUUACAGCACUCAACCCACAUAAUGCAUAGUGCGAACCGACCUCAAAAAGCACUAAUCACUCAGCACUACUAACCUGUAACUAGCUAACACCAGACACAGAUGAAGACCAAGCUAGCCAGUAACUAGCUAACACCAGACACAGAUGAAGACCUAGCUAGCCUGUAACUAGCUAACACCAGACACAGAUGAAGACCAAGCUAGCCUGUAACUAGCUAACACCAGUCACAGAUGAAGACCUAGCUAGCCAGUAACUAGCUAACACCAGACACAGAUGAAGACCAAGCUAGCCAGUAACUAGCUAACACCAGACACAGAUGAAGACCUAGCUAGCCUGUAACUAGCUAACACCAGACACAGAUGAAGACCAAGCUAGCCUGUAACUAGCUAACACCAGUCACAGAUGAAGACCUAGCUAGUAUUAGGGAUUUAUUAUUCUCCUAAACUAAUGGGAUGACUAACUUAGAAAGAAUGCAUUCUUGACUGGGCUAAUGUAGGCUGUGACACCUGGCAAGGCUGUGAUUGAUGUGAAGAGAAGAUAAGGAUUGUGUCUUCAAAUACAAGACUAUAAUGGUUCAUUGUGAUUUAUGAGUCUUCCUUUGACAUGGGAAUGAUGUCUAAGGGAGCUGGCUCUUCUCACUAUGAUAGGUUGUUAUGAUAAUCUUGUGCCUGCCUGAAGUGUGUAACAAAUGGCGCCGAAGAGAUGAGACCAACCCCCUGCAUCAACGGAUUGGCUGGGAGAGUUUGAACCACGCUCAAGUCUUUACUCUAAUUGGCCAGCAGAGAAGUGGGAAACUUCCUCUGUCAGAGUAUUUGGGUAUUGUUUUCUGGAACAAUUAGUUAGUUCUCUGGAGUGUCCUGCGAGGCAUAUCAGAGAGCCCGUAUAUACGAAACAUCAUAUUUACCAUUUAAGGUUUUUGCAUUAAUUAAAAUAACUAGUAUACCUCAGAAGUCGUGUUGACCUCUUUUGUUCCUAAUACCAGAUUUGAAUUGACGCGACUUUGACACUAGCCAGUAACUAGCUAACACCAGACACAGAUGAAGACCAAGCUAGCCUAUAACUAGCUAACACCCGACACAGAUGAAGACCAAGCUAGCCAGUAACUAGCUAACACCAGACACAGAUGAAGACCAAGCUAGCCAGUAACUAGUUAACACCCGACACAGAUGAAGACCAAGCUAGCCAGUAACUAGCUAACACCAGACACAGAUGAAGACCUAGCUAGCCAGUUACUAGCUAACACCAGACACAGAUGAAGACCUAGCUAGCCAGUAACUAGCUAACACCAGACACAGAUGAAGACCUAGCUAGCCAGUUACUAGCUAAUACCAGACACAGAUGAAAGGGAAAACAUAUAAGUAUCUUUGCCAUAGAUAAAGAGGGUAAACUUUUAGUUAUAUUUGCUGACACCCUACAGUCAAAUAGUAGCUAUCUAGCUAUAUAAACCACGCCCCUCUGCAAACACGCCUUUGCCGAUGUUGGUUACGAGGUGGUACUUAUUUAAAUUAGGUAAGAGAAUAUCAUGUUACCAUUGGUGUAUUAAAACGAGAAGGUGAUGUCACCUUGUCCCCUUAAUAAUGAAUCCAAGUGUUUGACAUGAGGGAGGGGACCAGUAACUUUAUGAUAAAAAUGUAUGUAGAAGCAACAGUCAUUUUUCAAACUUUGGGCAUCAUACUUUGAUCUGGUUUCCUUCAAAUAUCAUCAAAUUUCAGGAAGAACAUAAUUUCACCUCUUCCUGACCUUUAAACACUACUUUAGGGUGUAAAGCCAUAUUUUGCAUAUUUCGCAGCAUGCCUUUCGAGAGAAUGUGAGCGACACCCACCCAUGGUAAAGCAUUUAUGGUCAACCAUUACAUAUUAUACAUUAGGUCAGUGUUUCCCAAACUUGGUCCUGGGGCCCCCAACACAGUCAUGUUUUGGUUUUUGCCCUAGCACUACACAGCUGAUUCAAAUGAUCAACUAAUCAUCAAGCUUUGAUUAUUUGAACAGCUGUGUAGUACCAGGGCAGGGUUCCCCAACUGGCGGCCCGCAGGCCGAAUUUGGCCUGCAGCUCCAAGUGAUUUUUAUUUGGGAAAUCUGUUCUCAAGUAUUUCCACCCAUAAUAGAGAGACAUGAUCAUAUACAAAUGUAAGCAAGGUUUGAAAUUAUUAUGUUUUAGUCAAAUAUUAUAUCUGUUGCGGUCAAUUUGCAGUCUACAAAUUAUUUGUAAUUAUGUUCUGGCCCCCGACCAUCUGCUCAAGAAAAAAUCUGCCCGCGGCUGAAUCUAGUUGAUGAUCCCUGUACUAGGGCAAAAACCAAAACGUGCACCCCUUGGGGUCCCCAGGGCCGAGUUUGGGAAAUGCUGGAUUAGUAAUUCCGGGACUGGAAACCAUGGCUUGGUGCUGGGUCUGCUGUUGUGACUGGGGACCGGGAACUGGGAAACUGGGGCUGCUGCAGAUUCUGGGUCAGGAUCUGGGUCUGUAGAGGGGAGGAAAGACAACCUGAGGACCAAUCAGACAAACAAGUUAACCCUAGACCCAGAGGUCAAUGGUAGUACUACCCUGUGGUCUGCUCGCUCCGGGUGAAGGUCUGGUCUGUCCCCUCCUCCGUUCCUCGUCUGGUGCUGGGACUGGUACUGGCUCUGCAGAGGGGAGUGAGGACAACGUGAGGAGUGAGCAGAAACACCUGGAAGCCCAAGACCAGGAGGUCAGUGAUGGUACUCCCCUGUGACCUGCUCACUCCAGGCACGUUGUCUAGGUCUUUGGUCCUUCCUCCGCGCCUAUUCUGGCCUGGGCUGGUGCUGGAGGAGGAGCGAUGCAGCGGCAAGGCUGGAUGCUGGAGGAGGAGCAAUGCAGCAGCAAGGCUGGAUGCUGGAGGUCAGAGGGAACAAACAGGCCCAGACCCACCUGACCAUGGAGCACUCACAAAUAGUUGGAAGGUGUGAUCCGUGGGGGCAGUUCUCUGUACGUACCUUGUGCCGUCUAUGGAUGGAUUCCCUAGUGGGGAAGCAACCAUGAACAGCCAGAGUGUGUCUUUCUGUUCUGAGUGUAUUGUCAGUGUCAUGGUGAUGGGUUAUUGGUGGGCUUCAGGUCCAGGUUUGAUCAUUUUGUUGCAGAGGUGGAUGAGGGUCUCAAGCGUUUUUUUUGGGGGUAGUUCUUGGCUGUUCACAGGUCUUGGCGUGCCUCUCCACUUCCUGCCUUGUGGCCCCCUGCACUGAAUUGAUGAUAGAAUGGGGAGUGCUGGGAGGGGUGAAGGUGGAUUGUAGGGUCCAGGGGGUUCUGAACUGAGGCUGGCUGGCUUGAUGCUGUGCCGGAUCAGCGGCAGGAAGGGCUAAGGGGGGUGGAUCUGGGUCACUAAGGAGCAGGGGGGAGGAGUCAGGGGCAGCAGGGGACCAGAAAUGUCCUCUGGUCUGAAGAAACAAAAAUAGAACUGUUUGGCCAUAAUGACCAUCGUUAUGUUUGGAGGAAAAAGGGGGACACUCGCAAGCUGAAGAACACCAUCCCAACCGUGAAGCACGGGGGUGGCAGCAUCAUGCUGUGGGGGUGCUUUGCUGCAGGAGGGACUGGUGCACUUCACAAAAUAGAUGGCAUCAUGAGGAAGGAAAAUUAUGUGGAUAUAUUGAAGCAACAUCUCAAGACAUCAGUCAGGAAGUUAAAGCUUGGUCGCAAAUAGGCCUUCCAAAUGGACAAUGACCCCAAGCAUACUUCCAACGUUGUGAGAAAAUGGCUUAAGGACAACAAAGUCAAGGUAUUGGAGUGGCCAUCAAUAAGCCCUGACCUCAAUCCUAUAGAAUAUUUGUGGGCAGAACUAAAAAAGUGUGUGCGAGCAAGGAGGCCUACAAACCUGACUCAGUUACACCAGCUCUGUCAGGAGGAAUGGGCCAAAAUUCACCCAACUUAUUGUGGGAAGCUUGUGGAAGGCUACCCGAAACGUUUGACCCAAGUUAAACAAUGUAAUGGCAAUGCUACCAAAUACUAAUUGAGUGUAUGUAAACUUCUGACCCACUGGGAAUGUGAUUAAAUAAAUAAAAGCUGAAAUAAAUCAUUCUCUCUACUAUUAUUCUGACAUUUCACAUUCUUAAAAUAGUGGUGAUCCUAACUGACCUAAGACAGGGAAUUUUUACAAGGAUUAAAUGUCAGGAAUUGUGAAAAACUGAGUUUAAAUGUAUUUGGCUUAUGUGUAUGUAAACUUCCGACUUCAACUGUACGUGGACACCCCUUCAAAUUAGUGGUUUCGGCUAUUUCCCCCACACCCGUUGCUGACAGGUGUAUAAAAUCGAGCACACAGCCAUGCAAUCUCCAUAGACAAACAUUGGCAGUAGAAUGGCCUUACUGAAGAGCUCAGUGACUUUCAACGUGGCACCGUCAUAGGAUGCAACCUUUCCAACAAGUCAGUUCAUCAAAUUUCUGCCCUGCUAGAACUGCCCCGGUCAACUGUAAGUGCUGUUAUUGUGAAGUGGAAACAUCUAGGAGCAACAACGGCUCAGCCACGAAGUGGUAGGUCACACAACCUCACAGAACAGGACUGCAUAGUGCUGAAGCGCGUAGCUCGUAAAAACACUUGCUACCGAGUUCCAAACUGCCUCUGGAAGCAACAUCAGCACAAUAACUAUUCGUCAGGAGGUUCAUGAAAUGGCUUUCCAUGGCCGAGCAGCCGCACACAAGCCUAAGAUCACCCUGCUCAAUGCCAAUCAUCGGCUGGUUUGGUGGAUGCCAGGAAAAUGCUACGUGUCCAAAUGCAUAGUGCCAACUGUUAAGUUUGGUAGAGGAGGAAUAAUGGUCUGGGGCUGUUUUUCAUGGUUCUGGAUAGGCCCCUUAGUUCCAGUGAAGGGAAAUAUUAAUGCUACAGCAUACAAUUACAUUCUAGACGAUCCUGUGCUUCCAACUUUGUGGCAACAGUUUGGGGUAGAGCCUUUCCUGUUUCUUCAUGACAAUGCCCCCGUGCACAAAGCGAGGUCCAUACAGAAAUGGUUUGUCGAGAUCGGCGUGGAAGAACUUGACUGGCCUGCACAGGGCCCUGACCUCAACACCUUUGGGAUGAAUUUGAACGCCAACUGCGAGCCAGGCCUAAUCGCCCAACAUCAAUGCCCGACCUCACUAAUGCUCUUGUGGCUGAAUGGAAGCAAGUCCCCACAGCAAUGUUCCAACAUUUAGUGGAAAGCCUUCCCAGAAGAGUGGAGGCUGUUAUAGCAGCAAAGGGGGGACCAACUCCAAACUAAUGCCCAUGAUUUUGGAAUGAGAUGUUCGACGAGCAUGUGUCCACAUACUUUUGGUAAUGUAGUCUAUAUUAGUAUUAUAUAUGUUUCAUGAAUCUUUUUUUUUUUAAAGUGUGUGUUUUUGUGUAGAUCGUUGACAAAAAAUGACAACUGAAUCAAUUUUAAUCCCACUUUGUAACACGUGAAGAAAUCCAAGGGGGUGUACAGUGAGGGAAAAAAGUAUUUGAUCCCCUGCUGAUUUUGUACGUUUGCCCACUGACAAAGACAUGGUCAGUCUAUAAUUUUAAUGGUAGAUUUAUUUGAACAGUGAGAGACAGAAUAACAACAACACAAAAUCCAGAAAAACACAUGUCAAAAAUGUUAUGAAUUGAUUUUCAUUUUAAUGAGGGAAAUAAGUAUUUGACCCCCUCUCAAUCAGAAAGAUUUCUGGCUCCCAGGUGUCUUUUAUACAGGUAACGAGCUGAGAUUAGGAGCACACUCUUAAAGGGAGUGCUCCUAAUCUAAAUAUGUUACCUGUAUAAAAUACACCUGUCCACAGAAGCAAUCAAUCAAUCAGAUUCCAAACUCUCCACCAUGGCCAAGACCAAAGAGCUCUCCAAGGAUGUCAGGGACAAGAUUGUAGACCUACACAAGGCUGGAAUGGGCUACAAGACCAUCGCCAAGCAGCUUGGUGAGAAGGUGACAACAGUUGGUGCGAUUAUUCGCAAAUGGAAGAAACACAAAAUAACUGUCAAUCUCCCUCGGCCUGGGGCUCCAUGCAAGAUCUCACCUCGUGGAGUUGCAAUUAUCAUGAGAACGGUGAGGAAUCAGCCCAGAACUACACGGGAGGAUCUUGUCAAUGAUCUCAAGGCAGCUGGGACCAUAGUCACCAAGAAAACAAUUGGUAACACACUACGCAGUGAAGGACUGAUAUCCUGCAGCGCCCGCAAGGUCCCCCUGCUCAAGAAAGCACAUAUACAUGCCCGUCUGAAGUUUGCCAAUGAACAUCUGAAUGAUUCAGAGGAGAACUGGGUGAAAGUGUUGUGGUCAGAUGAGACCAAAAUUGAGCUCUUUGGCAUCAACUCAACUCGCCGUGUUUGGAGGAGGAGGAAUGCUGUCUAUGACCCCAAGAACACCAUCCCCACCGUCAAACAUGGAGGUGGAAACAUUAUGCUUUGGGGGUGUUUUUCUGCUAAGGGGACAGGACAACUUCACUGCAUCAAAGCUGAUGAUGGACGGGGCCAUGUACCGUCAAAUCUUGGGUGAGAUCCUCCUUCCCUCAGCCAGGGCAUUGAAAAUGGGUCGUGGAUGGGUAUUCCAGCAUGACAAUGACCCAAAACACACGGCCAAGGCAACAAAGGAGUGGCUCAAGAAGAAGCACAUUAAGGUCCUGGAGUGGCCUAGCCAGUCUCCAGACCUUAAUCCCAUAGAAAAUCUGAGGGAGCUGAAGGUUCGAGUUGCCAAACGUCAGCCUCGAAACCUUAAUGACUUGUAGAAGAUCUGCAAAGAGGAGUGGGACAAAAUCCCUCCUGAGAUGUGUGCAAACCUGGUGGCCAACUACAAGAAACGUCUGACCUCUGUGAUUGCCAACAAGGGUUUUGCCACCAAGUACUAAGUCAUGUUUUGCAGAGGGGUCAAAUACUUAUUUCCCUCAUUAAAAUGCAAAUCAAUUUAUAAAAUUUUUUACAUGCGUUUUUCUGGAUUUCUUUGUUGUUAUUCUGUCUCUCACUGUUCAAAUAAACCUACCAUUAAAAGUAUAGACUGAUCAUGUCUUUGUCAGUGGGCAAACGUACAAAAUCAGCAGGGGAUCAAAUACCUUUUUCCCUCACUGUAGACAUUCUACAGACACUGUACUUUUAAUAUGUUUUACUUAUGGUAUUAUGUUUUAUGAUAACAUAUUCGCUUAGGAUCUUGCUUGGUGAAGUCUAUAGGACCAAAAAUGGAUGAAUGCAACAACCAUGUCUCUGUCACUAACAAAUACAGUCAUGGGUGGUAACAUCACAAUUAACUCGAAAGGCAAGGCACACUGGGAAAUAUUUGAAUAAGGUUUUACACUAAGCAGUGUAUUAAUUUAACACUGUUCCUGUGUCUAUGUGGGUCCACAAACACAACACUUUCAGUUUUGAUUUAACACUCCGUGUGGAUUUAAUCAAAUCAAAAUGUAUUUGUCACAUGCUUUGUAGACAACAGGUGUAGACACAGUGAAAUGCUUACUUACGGGUUAUUUUCCAACAAUGCAGUCUUAAAGAUAAAAAAUACAAUAAAACAUUGAAAUAGUGACACGAGGAAUAAAUACCCAGUGAAUAACGAAUAGAAAUAACGAGUAAAUAACAUGGCUAUAUACAGGAAGUAGAAAAUAACAUGGCUAUAUACAGGAAGUAGAAAAUAACAUGGCUAUAUACCGGAAGUAGAAAAUAACAUGGAUAUAUACAGGAAGUAGAAAAUAACAUGGCUAUAUACAGGAAGUAGAAAAUAACAUGGUAUAUACAGGAAGUAGAAAAUAACAUGGAUAUAUACAGGAAGUAGAAAAUAACAUGGCUAUAUACAGGAAGUAGAAAAUAACAUGGAUAUGUAGAGGAAGUAGAAAAUAACAUGGAUAUAUACAGGAAGUAGAAAAUAGCAUGGCUAUAUACAGGAAGUAGAAAAUAACAUGGCUAUAUACAGGAAUGUGUAAGUCGCUCUGGAUAAGAGUGUCUGCUAAAUGACUUAAAAGUAAUGUAAAUGUGAAGUAGAAAAUAACUUGGCUAUAUACAGGAAGUCGAAAAUAACAUGGAUAUGUGCAUACAGGGAGUACCAGUAUCGAGUCGAUGUGCAGGGUUACGAGGUAAUUGCGGUAGCUACAUACUGUACAUAUAGGUAGGGGUAAAGUGACUAAGCAACAGGAUAGAUAAUAGACAGUAGCAACAGCAUAUGUGAAAAAAAGUUAGUGGGUCAAUGCAAGUAGUCCGGGUAGCCAUUUGAUUAGCUAUUUAGCAGUCUUGUUUAGAAGUCUUAUGGCUUGGGGGUAGAAGCUGUUUAGGGUCCUGUUGGUUCCAGACUUGGUGCAUUAGUACUGCUUGCCGUGCGGUAGCAGAGAGAACAUUCUGUGUCUUAGGUGGCUGGAGUCUUUGACCAUUUUUAAAAUGGUAUAGAGGUCCUAGAUGACAGGGAGCAGCUUGGCCCCAGUGAUGUACUGGGCCGUACGCACUACCCUCUGUAGCGCCUUGCGGUCGGAUGUCGAGCAGUUGCCAUACAAAGCUCUGAUGCAGCGAGCCAACACUGGAGAAUUUGCUGUGCUAUUUUCCCCUGUGUGUGUGUGUGUGUGUGUGUGUGUGUGUGUAUGUGUGUGUGUGUGUGUGUGUUUGUAUCUAUGUCAGUUUCUCUUAUAUAACCAUGCCUUUGUUAUCCCCCCCUCUCUCUCUCGCUCUCUCGCUCUCUCUUGCUCUCUCUCUCCCCUCUAGAUAACUCCAGGCACUAAGGCUGCAGGGGGCAGUCUAGUCCAGGGUGACAUCAUUGCAUCGAUAAACGGCCUCAGUACAGAGGGCAUGACGCACCUGGAGGCACAGAACAAGAUUAAGAUCGCUUCCAAUAAACUGACCCUCACCAUGCAGAAGUAGACACACACACAUACACACACACACAUACACACACACAGACACACACACAGACACACACACAUACACACACACAUACACACUUGCUCUUAAAAUACUUAGAAGAUAACUUGCUCAACUACAUAAUGCUAAAAGUUUGUUGUUGUGGCUCCGAACCCAGGUCGAAACGUCCCGUCUCUAUUCCCAUGGCAACACCCAGAAUGGACUCCCCCAUGCCAGUUAUCCCUCACCAAAAGGUAAACACACACACACUCAGACACACACACAGACACCAACACAAAAAAAAUGUGUGCAUUUGUGUCUACGUGUGUGUGCACGUGUAUUUGAACAAAAGAUGGGAAUCAAAUGGACUCAAAGGAUGUGUGUUGGCGCCCUCUGGUGUUGCUAUUGCAGCUGUAGCGGCUUCCACAGUAAAGAGCAGAGGAGCAUCCUCCCCCCCCCCCCAGUCCCUUGCCGCUGCAGUGUCUCCCCCGAGCCAGAAGGGGCAGUAUAACUCCCCCAUUGGCCUGUACUCUGCACACACUCAGAGAGAUGGCCCUGCUGCAAGGCAAGGUGGCAGGAGAGGAGGCAGGGGCUGCCAGACUGGGAGGAGAGGGGGCAACCAGUGGAGUGCCAUUCAUGGGGUAGGUAGCCUGGGGGCAUAAACCUGUUCCCCGUUUAGUGCAUUACUGUUGACCAGAGCAUCACUGAGUUCCCAACCACCACCUCCCACAACAAAACCAAACUAACUGGGAAAAAACACUUCCUCCUCUCCCAACCACUGGAACUACUGGAACUAAGACCUUGUUGUACUACACCAAUGUUUUAUUUUGCUCGUCACUCUGUUCUUGUUCCCAUCCUCUCCCAUGGCCAUCUCCAGUCUGGGACAACUUGGGGGGCGGGGGGGGGGGGGGGGUAACGAGCACGCACCCCUCAGAACAUUCCGUGACUAUCCCGGAACACAUUACGCUGGCUCACAUCCGCGCUCGCCGCCCGGAGUGGUAACGUGCACGCUCGGACACACGCCUGGACUGUCUCCAGGUGACACCACACCACAGGGUCACACUGUUCGUGUGUACAUGAUGACUACGGUCAUUCCGCUGACAACAGGUGAUUUAGCUCUUAGGCGCUGAUGGCCUUUGAGGGAACAUCCUGUCACCUCAUCAGUUCUUCGCUAAACUAAGCUGGGCUGGGGGGUGAAGUUAAGAGGUUGUACUGAUCGGCAUAUGUUAAACAUGUCCGGUAACGUGUUGGUAAGCUUGACCGCAUAUCCCUAGUUCGGUACAAGUGACCCUCUUUUUGUAAGCUGACACAAACAAACACCAGAACAGCUGCUCCUUGCCACGCUGGAAUGUUCCGCUCUGGUUAAAGAGGAUCCCAAACCCUCCCUCUCAUGCAGUAUCUCUCUCUCACACACACACACACACACACACACACACACACACACACACACACACACACAGUGUCCUGGGAUAGAGCCAUCUCUAUAUUCAGCCCAUAACCCCUAAACUGCUCCAACUAUUUGGGUAGUGUGUGUGUCUCGGGGGUUUGGGCUAAGAGUAAAAAUACCAAUUUCCGAUCUCUCCAAGAAAAUGGACAAUAAAGUAUUCUUCUUCUGUCUGAGUGUGUGUACGUGCGCUUGUGCAUGUCUGUGGGUGUGUGUGUGUGUUGUGAUUGUGGAGCUCCUGCUCCUGUCUGUCAGUCUGCUGGCUCACAGGGAAUCCAGGGAAAUAUCCCAGUGAUGACACACAACGGCUAUGCUGGGUCACAGGGAAUCCAGGGAAAUAUCCCAGUGAUGACACACAACGGCUAUGCUGGGUCACAGGGAAUCCAGGGAAAUAUCCCAGUGAUGACACACAACGGCUAUGCUGGGUCACAGGGAAUCCAGGGAAAUAUCCCAGUGAUGACACACAACGGCUAUGCUGGGUCACAGGGAAUCCAGGGAAAUAUCCCAGUGAUGACACACAACGGCUAUGCUGGGUCACAGGGAAUCCAGGGAAAUAUCCCAGUGAUGACACACAACGGCUAUGCUGGGUCACAGGGAAUCCAGGGAAAUAUCCCAGUGACGACACACAACGGCUAUGCUGGGUCACAGGGAAUCCAGGGAAAUAUCCCAGUGACGACACACAACGGCUAUGCUGGGUCACAGGGAAUCCAGGGAAAUAUCCCAGUGAUGACACACAACGGCUAUGCUGGGUCACAGGGAAUCCAGGGAAAUAUCCCAGUGAUGACACACAACGGCUAUGCUGGGUCACAGGGAAUCCAGGGAAAUAUCCCAGUGACGACACACAACGGCUAUUAUUAUUAACACACAGAACGACUCCCAGCACUAUAACCUUAAUAUCACUCUGACAAUCCCUUACUCUCUCUCGCUCUUUCAUAUCGUUACAGAUCAUUACGAACACGGCUGGAAAGUCAGUACCACCUGAAAGUGGAUCAUUUGCAUGAACAAUGUUUAAGAGUGUGUGUGUGUGUGUGUGUAAACGUGAAUGGCAUCUUGCCCAUAGUGUGAGCACUGAUCCAUUCUCUGGUGAUGAUGAAGUGUCAGUUCUGAGUGUGCUGCGUCCACGUGGCAGACUGUUGAUACAGUACAAGAUCACACUUCUACAGGUACUAACCCCGACUAGUGAUGGGGAAGUGAAGCUUCCUGAAGCAUUGAGCAUUUCCAGCCAAUUGUGUCGAAAAUAGGUUCAUUAAUCAAGGCUUUGAUAAAACACAGUGUACACUAGUGGCACCUGCUGGUCAAAAUAAUGUAGAGCAGCCAAAUUAUUAUAGACGACGUCCCACACCUCAUAGCAUGUGCGCAGCGUAGCCUUUUGGUCUUCUACCAAACCAAUACCAAACCAAUCAGGUGGUUGGUUAACGACACGAAACUUCAGACAUCAUUGAUCACGUGCUACUGAUAAAGUGAUUCAAGCAUCGGCACAUUGCUUCAAAGUACACUGCUUAGCGAUGUCGACGCAUACCUCAGAGCGCCGAUUUCAAACGUAACAUCACCAACCCUAACCCUAUACUUCAUAAAGGGUUUCUAUAAGUUUAUAGACUAUUAAUUAUUUGUUUUUGUAUCAUUUAUAAAUAAGAAGUAAACUGCUUAUAUACUAAAUGAUGAACAGUCUAAAAAUGACUUAUAAACCUGUUACAAACCCUUUAUAAAGGAAAUUGUUACCCAGUAUAAUGUACUACAGUAAUAAUACCGUAGAUACUUGGAUGACGUCUAGUGUUGAUGAAGUCUAAUUGUAAUAACACUAAUCAACACUGUGCCGAAAUGUUUUUAAUUUUUUUAUUAUGGCAUUGCAUCAUUUUCAUUAGCAUAUUCCGUACAUGUACAUGUGUUGGUGUGUUAAUGGGUAUGCAUAUAUGCAUUUAUGGCUAGUACACGUAUGUUGGACUAUGUUUGUUUAUGUGUGGGUACACAUCUGUAUGUUUGUUGACGUGUGCAUGUACAUGCAUUGGUAGCAUAUAGUAUGUAUGUUAAUAAGGCAUCAUUACUACCUGGGAAUGUACAGUGUGCAUUUUGCAGUGUGCUUGUGGUGUGUUUAACAUCCUGUUUGGUAUUAGCUGGCUUUGAUUGGUUUAGUUUUCCUAGCUUGUCUGUAGAAUCUGUUGGAGAUAUUGUGUUCCUGGAUCAGUGUGUAUUUUCUUGACGUCAAGGCUCAUGAUCAAUGUCCUGACUUGAUAUUAGAGUCAAUGUAUUACUAAGACAAAGUCAUUCAGUUGUAGAAAAGGUUGUCACCUCUAUCUGUUUAGAGAGAGAGACUAGGUACAAUGUAAUCAGUCAUAGUGUACAUGAGAGAGACAGACAGGUACUAUAUAAUCAGUACCAGUGUACUAGAGAGACAGACAGGUACUAUAUAAUCAGUGCCAGUGUCCUAGAGAGACAGACAGGUACUAUAUAAUCAGUGCCAGUGUCCUAGAGAGACAGACAGGUACUAUAUAAUCAGUGCCAGUGUCCUAGAGAGACAGACAGGUACUAUUUAAUCAGUGCCAGUGUCCUAGAGAGACAGACAGGUACUAUAUAAUCAGUACCAGUGUCCUAGAGAGACAGACAUGUACUAUAUAAUCAGUGCCAGUGUCCUAGAUAGACAGACAGGUACUAUAUAAUCAGUGCCAGUGUCCUAGAGAGACAGACAGGUACUAUAUAAUCAGUACCAGUGUCCUAGAGAGACAGACAGGUACUAUAUAAUCAGUGCCAGUGUCCUAGAGAGACAGACAGGUACUAUUUCAUCAGUGCCAGUGUCCUAGAGAGACAGACAGGUACUAUAUAAUCAGUACCAGUGUACUGAAAGUUCAGUUAUGGCCCUCAGACAAAAGAAAGUGAAGUUAUGACUCUGCCUCCCCGUCUCAGCCCUGCUCCUGCUGCACCUCUCACCAUCUUCCUCUCUUUAUCUCUUUCUUUUUCCCCUCCUCUCUUUAUCUCUUUCUUUUUCCCCUCCUCUCUUUAUCUCAUUCUUUUUCCCCUCCUCUCUUUUCUCUUUCUUUUUCCCCUCCUCUCUUUAUCUCUUUCUUUUUCCCCUCCUCUCUUUUCUCUUUCUUUUUUCCCUCCUCUCUUUAUCUCUUUCUUUUUCCCCUCCUCUCUUUUCUCUUUCUUUUUCCCCUCCUCUCUUUAUCUCUUUCUUUUUCCCCUCCUCUCUUUAUCUCUUUCUUUUUCCCCUCCUCUCUUUAUCUCUUUCUUUUUCCCCUCCUCUCUUUAUCUCUCUCUGGUUGUCUGAUUCCCUUACAUCCUGUGAACCCAAAUAUGUAUCCCUAUUCCUGCCUGCCCCCUUUAUCCUACAAACCCUCCCAAAAUGACCCCUUACCCUUGACCCUGUGCCCCGACCCUAUCCCCCCUCCAGUCAGGAGUAUGUGCCCAACUUUAACCCCAUAGCUCUGAAGGACUCGGCUCUGUCUACCCAUAAACCCAUCGAGGUGCGCGGCCCGGGAGGCAAGGCCACUAUCGUCCACGCUCAGUACAACACCCCUAUAUCCAUGUACUCACAGGACGCCAUCAUGGACGCUAUUGCCGGACAGUCACAGUCCAAGGGCCGUGAGGGGUAGGAACAGACACACAGACACAUACAAACACACACAUACAAACACACACAUGCAUGCACACACAUGGAUGCAGACACAUGCACGUACGCGCAGACACAAUGCAGAGAAUACAUUUUGUGUUGAGUCAUGCUGUAUUUCUCCACUCCCACUUGUCCUUCCUUCCUUCCUUCCUUCCUUCCUUCCUUCCUUCCUUCCUUCCUUCCUUCCUUCCUUCCUUCCUUCCUUCCUUCCUUCCUUCCUUCCUUCCUUCCUUCCUUCCUUCCUUCCUUCCGUCCUUCCUUCCUUCCGUCCUUCCGUCCUUCCUUCCUUCCUUCCGUCCUUUCGUCACUUCAUCCACAACCCACCAACCAACCAACCAAUCAACCAACCACCCCGCCCCCUCUGAUCAGUGAUGUACCUGCUGGCUCCCCCCUGGCGUAAGUAUAACCCCUUUCAUUCUCCUUUUACUUUCCACCCUACUACUCUCCUCUCAUAUAUACCAAAUGUCUCAUUUAUAAGCAUACUGUAAUAAACUAAUAUCAGGCUCAUAUAAUAAACAGUAUCACAUCCGUCUCAUACGAUAUCAUCACAUUUGCAUAUAUCAUAUGGAUCUGGUGUUUUUCACAUGGCUCUCUCCAUGUGCCUAGCUAUUUCUCUUUCCAUGUCGGUCUCAUUUCCAUGUGUCUGUAGUUUUCAUCUAGUUUCUUGCAUCCAGAGGUGAACUAUGGUGUUUCAGGGGUUAACAAAGGUGUUUCAAUAAAUCAAUCAAUCAAAUUGUAUUUAUUAAGCCCUUUUUACAUCAGCAGAUGUCACAAAGUGCUAUGCAGAAACCCAGCCUAAAACCCCAAACAGCAAGCAAUGCAGAUGUAGAAGCACGGUGGCUAGGAAAAACUCCCUAGAAAGGCAGAAACCUAGAGAGGAACCAGGAUCUGAGGGGUGGUCCCCUUCUGGCAGUGCCGGGUGGAGAUUUUAACAGUACAUGGCCAUUAAGGCCAGAUUUUUCUCCAAGAUGUUCAAACGUUCACAGAUGACCAGCAGGGUCAAAUAAUAAUCACAGUGGUUGUAGAGGUUGCAACAGGUAAGUACAUCAGGUCCUGUGUAGCUCAGUUGGUAGAGCAUGGUGCUUGCAAUGCCAGGGUUGUGGGUUCGAUUCCCACGGGGGGCCAGUAUGAAAAAUGUAUGCACUCACUAACUGUAAGUCACUCUGCAUAAGAGUGUCUGCUAAAUGACUAAAAUGUCAAAUCAGGAGUAAAUGUCACUUGGCUUUUCAUAGCUGGGCAUUUAGAGGUUGAGAGAGAGAGAGCUAACAGGUCAGGGUUCCAUAGCUGUGGAAACUGGAGCAGCAUCAUGGACUGGGUACAGCAAGGAGUCAUCAGGUCAGAUGGUCCUCCGGGAGAAAGAGAAUUAGAGGGAGCAUACUUAAAUUCACACAGGACAGGAGAAUAACACCAGCAUAGAUACUGGAGACGGACGGGCGACACUAUAGCCCCGGCAUGUUUUUAGGGGUUAACUGGUCUGAUGAAAUAAAAAGGAAUGUUCUGAGUAUCACUGGUCUCCCCCUCCUGUUCUAACCCCCCAAACACUAGAUGAGGCUCUUAACCCUAACCCAGCCAACCAUCCUCCCGGAGAGCCCUGCCCUAACCCAGCCAACCAUCCUCCCGGAGAGCCCUGCCCUAACCCAGCCAACCAUCCUCCCGGAGAGCCCUGCCCUAACCCAGCCAACCAUCCUCCCGGAGAGCCCUGCUCUAACCCAGCCAACCAUCCUCCCGGAGAGCCCUGCCCUAACCCAGCCAACCAUCCUCCCGGAGAGCCCUGCCCUAACCCAGCCAACCAUCCUCCCGGAGAGCCCUGCUCUAACCCAGCCAACCAUCCUCCCGGAGAGCCCUGCCCUAACCCAGCCAACCAUCCUCCCGGAGAGCCCUGCCCUAACCCAGCCAACAAUCCUCCCGGAGAGCCCUGCUCUAACACGCCUGAUUCAGGGGUGGAGCACCAAGUAACUGUCUAUACAUAUUAAAAACAAAUGGUUCUACAGUGGGGAGAACAAGUAUUUGAUACACUGCCGAUUUUGCAGGUUUUCCUACUUACAAAGCAUGUAGAGGUCUGUAAUUUUUAUCAAAGGUACACUUCAACUGUGAGAGACGGAAUCUAAAACAAAAAUCCAGAAAAUCACAUUAUAUGAUUUUUAAGUAAUUAAUUUGCAUUUUAUUGCAUGACAUAAGGAUUUGAUACAUCAGAAAAGCAGAACUUAAUAUUUGGUACAGAAACCUUUGUUUGCAAUUACAGCGAUCAUACGUUUCCUGUAGGUCUUGACCAGGUUUGCACACACUGCAGCAGGGAUUUUGGCCCACUCCUCCAUACAGACCUUCUCCAGAUCCUUCAGGUUUCGGGGCUGUUGCUGGGCAAUACGGACUUUCAGCUCCCUCCAAAGACUUUCUAUUGGGUUCAGGUCUGGAGACUGGCUAGGCCACUCCAGGACCUUGAGAUGCUUCUUACGGAGCCACUCCUUAGUUGCCCUGGCUGUGUGUUUCGGGUCGUUGUCAUGCUGGAAGACCCAGCCACGACCCAUCUUCAAAGCUCUUACUGAGGGAAGAAGGUUGUUGGCCAAGAUCUCGCGAUACAUGGCCCCAUCCAUCCUCCCCUCAAUACGGUGCAGUCGCCCUGUCCCCUUUGCAGAAAAGCAUCCCCAAAGAAUGAUGUUUCCACCUCCAUUAUUCACGGUUGGGAUGGUGUUCUUGGGGUUGUACUCAUCCUUCUUCUUCCUCCAAACACGGCGAGUGGAGUUUAGACCAAAAAGCUCUAUUUUUGUCUCAUCAGACCACAUGACCUUCUCCCAUUCCUCCUCUGGAUCAUCCAGAUGGUCAUUGGCAAACUUCAGACGGGCCUGGAUAUGCACUGGCUAGAGCAGGGGGACUUUGCGUGCGCUGCAGGAUUUUAAUCCAUGACGGCGUAGUGUGUUACUAAUGGUUUUCUUUGAGACUGUGGUCCCAGCUCUCUUCAGGUCAUUGACCAGGUCCUGCCGUGUAGUUCUGGGCUGAUCCCUCACCUUCCUCAUGAUCAUUGAUGCCCCAACGAGGUGAGAUCUUGCAUGGAGCCCCAGACCGAGGGUGAUUGACCGUCAUCUUGAACUUCUUCCAUUUUCUAAUAACUGCGCCAACAGUUGUUGCCUUCUCACCAAGCUGCUUGCCUAUUGUCCUGUAGCCAAUCCCAGCCUUGUGCAGGUCUACAAUUUUAUCACUGAUGUCCUUACACAGCUCUCUGGUCUUGGCCAUUGUGGAGAGGUUGGAGUCUGUUUGAUUGAGUGUGUGGACAGGUGUCUUUUAUACAGGUAACGAGUUCAAACAGGUGCAGUUAAUACAGGUAAUGAGUGGAAAACAGGAGGGCUUAAAGAAAAACUAACAGGUCUGUGAGAGCCGGAAUUCUUACUGGUUGGUAGGUGAUCAAAUACUUAUGUCAUGCAAUAAAAUGCAAAUUAAUUACUUAAAAAUCAUACAAUGUGAUUUUCUGUAUUUUUGUUUUAGAUUCCGUCUCUCACAGUUGAAGUGUACCUAUGAUAAAAAUUACAGACCUCUACAUGCUUUGUAAGUAGGAAAACCUGCAAAAUCGGCAGUGUAUCAAAUACUUGUUCUCCCCACUGUAUAUAGUGCUAAAUAAGGGUUCUUUGGCUUGUAACCACAGCGGAACCCUUUUUGGUGCUACAUGGAACAAUUUAUUGAAGAUUCUAUAAAGAAUCAAGCUAAUAAGAUUCUAAAUAAAACUUGUCUGGCGCAAUAAAGAACCCUUUCCUAAGGUACCAUUUAAAAAGGUUAUACAGUUCAUUCUGAAAUUAUUCGGACCCCUUUUUUUAAAACUUUUUUUAUUAUGGUUUAAUAGUCAUAUUAUAUUGUUACAAUUCUGUAGGUUUUAUUAUUGUGUUUAUUAACAAGUUGAAGCAGUUGUGCUAGCUCUGGAACGGCUGGGGGUCCCUGAAGAGAGAAUUGAGAACUACUGACUCAGUCAACCUUUCUCAAUUGACAUAAGGCCAUACAUGAGUCGUUCACAAAACACCAUCACUGGCCAUAGCUAUAUAUCACAUGCAACAGCAUGACACAACAGAUUAGAUAAACUGGAACGACACUCACUCACGGUUGCACAAAAAGAGCUGUGACCAAACCACGCCCCCAAAUACAUUUUCAUUAUCACUAAAAGAGGAAAGAACAGUUUUUUGAACUGCAAAUAACCAGAAGGAUUACUUUAUCCUAUCCCAGGUAUUCCUUAAAGAGGUGGGGUUUCAAAUGUCUCCGGAAGGUGGUGAGUGACUCCGCUGUCCUGGCGUCGUGAGGGAGCUUGUUCCACCAUUGGGGUGCCAGAGCAGCGAACAGUUUUGACUGGGCUGAGCGGGAACUAUGCUUCUGCAGAGGAAGGGGAGCCAGCAGGCCAGAGGUGGAUGAACGCAAUGCCCUCGUUUGGGUGUAGGGACUGAUCAGAGCCUGAAGGUACGGAGGUGCCGUUCCCCUCACAGCUCCAUAGGCAAGCACCAUGGUCUUGUAACAGAUGCGAGCUUCAACUGGAAGCCAGUGGAGUGUGCGGAGGAGCGGGGUGACGUGAGAGAACUUGGGAAGGUUGAACACCAGACGGGCUGCGGCAUUCUGGAUGAGUUGUAGGGGUUUAAUGGCACAGGCAGGGAGCCCAGCCAACAGCGAGUUGCAGUAAUCCAGACGGGAGAUGACAAGUGCCUGGAUUAGGACCUGUGCCGCUUCCUGUUUAAGGCAGGGUCGUACUCUCCGAAUGUUGUAGAGCAUGAACCUACAGGAUCGGGUCCCCGCCUUGAUGUUAGCGGAGAACGACAGGGUGUUGUCCAGGGUCACGCCAAGGCUCUUCGCACUCUGGGAGGAGGACACAUCGGAGUUGUCAACCGUGAUGGCGAGAUCAUGGAACGGGCAGUCCUUCCCCGGGAGGAAGAGCAGCUCCGUCUUGCCAAGGUUCAGCUUGAGGUGGUGAUCCGUCAUCCAUACUGAUAUGUCUGCCAGACAUGCAGAGAUGCGAUUCGCCACCUGGUUAUCAGAAGGGGGAAAGGAGAAGAUUAGUUGUGUAUCGUCAGCGUAGCAAUGAUAGGAGAGGCCAUGUGAGGAUAUGACAGAGCCAAGUGACUUGGUGUAUAGCGAGAAUAGGAGAGGGCCUAGAACUGAGCCCUGGGGGACACCAGUGGUGAGAGCACGUGGUGCGGAGACAGCUUCUCGCCACGCCACUUGGUAGGAGCGACCGGUCAGGUAGGACGCAAUCCAAGAGUGAGCCGCGCCGGAGAUGCCCAGCUCGGAGAGGGUGGAGAGGAGGAUCUGAUGGUUCACAGUAUCAAAGGCAGCAGACAGGUCUAGAAGGACAAGAGCAGAGGAGAGAGAGUUAGCUUUAGCAGUGCGGAGAGCCUCCGUGACACAGAGAAGAGCAGUCUCAGUUGAAUGACCAGUCUUGAAACCUGACUGGUUUGGAUCAAGAAGGUCAUUCUGAGAGAGAUAGCAAGAGAGUUGGCUAAAGACGGCACGCUCAAUAGUUUUGGAAAGAAAAGAAAGAAGGGAUACUGGUCUGUAGUUGUUGACAUCAGAGGGAUCGAGUGUUGGUUUUUUGAGAAGGGGUGCAACUCUCGCUCUCUUGAAGACGGAAGGGACAUAGCCAGCGGUCAAGGAUGAGUUGAUCAGCGAGGUGAGGUAGGGGAGAAGGUCACCGAAGAUGGUCUGGAGAAGAGAGGAGGGGAUAGGGUCAAGCGGGCAGGUUGUUGGGCGGCCUGCAGUCACAAGUCGCAAGAUUUUAUCUGGAGAGAGAGGGGAGAAAGAAGUCAAAGCAUAGGGUAGGGCAGUGUGAGCAGGACCAGCAGUGUCAUUUGACUUAACAAACGAGGAUCGGAUGUCGUCAACCUUCUUUUCAAAGUGGUUGACGAAGUCAUCCACAGAGAGGGAGGAGGGGGGGGGGGGGAGGAUUCAGCAGGGAGGAGAAUGUGGCAAAGAGCUUCCUAGGGUUAGAGGCAGAUGCUUGGAAUUUAGAGUGGUAGAAAGUGGCCUUAGCAGCAGAAACAGAUGAAGAAAAUGUAGAGAGGAGGGAGUGAAAAGAUGCCAGGUCCGCAGGGAGUCUAGUUUUCUUCCAUUUCCGCUCAGCUGCCCGGAGCUCUGUUCUGUGAGCUCGCAAUGAGUCAUCAAGCCACGGAGCUGGAGGGGAGGACCGAGCCGGCCGGGAGGAUAGGGGACAUAGAGAGUCAAAGGAUGCAGAAAGGGAGGAGAGGAGGGUUGAGGAGGCAGAAUCAGGAGAUUGGAGGGAGAAGGAUUGAGCAGAGGGAAGAGAUGAUAGGAUGGAAGAGGAGAGAGUAGCGGGAGAGAGAGAGCGAAGGUUGCGGCGGUGCAUUACCAUCUGUGUAGGGGCAGAGUGAGUAGUGUUGGAGGAGAGCGAGAGAGAAAAGGAUACAAAGUAGUGGUCGGAGACAUGGAGGGGAGUUGCAGUGAGAUUAGUAGAAGAACAGCAUCUAGUAAAGAUGAGGUCAAGCGUAUUGCCUGCCUUGUGAGUAGGGGGGGACGGUGAGAGGGUGAGGUCAAAAGAGGAGAGGAGUGGAAAGAAGGAGGCAGAGAGAAAUGAGUCAAAUCUAGACGUAGGGAGGUUGAAAUCCCCCAGAACUGUGAGGGGUGAGCCAUCCUCAGGAAAGGAACUUAUCAAGGCGUUAAGCUCAUUGAUGAACUCUCCAAGGGAACCUGGAGGGCGAUAGAUGACAAGGAUAUUAAGCUUAAAUGGGCUAGUGACUGUGACAGCAUGGAAUUCAAAUGAGGAGAUAGACAGAUGGGUUAGGGGAAAAAUUGAGAAUGUCCACUUGGGAGAGAUGAGGAUUCCUGUGCCACCACCCCGCUGACCAGAUGCUCUUGGGGUAUGCGAGAACACAUGGUCAGACGAGGAGAGAGCAGUAGGAGUAGCAGUGUUUUCAGUGGUAAUCCAUGUUUCCGUCAGCGCCAAGAAGUCGAGGGACUGGAGGGUAGCAUAGGCUGGGAUGAACUCUGCCUUGUUGGCAGCAGAACGGCAGUUCCAGAGGCUGCCUGAGACCUGGAACUCCAGGUGGGUGGUGCGUGCAGGGACCACCAGGUUAGAGAGGCAGCAGCCACGCGGUGUGAGGCGUUUGUGUAGCCUGUGCGGAGAGGAGAGAACAGGGAUAGGCAGAGGCAUAGUUGACAGGCUGCAGCAAAUGGCUACAAUAAUGCAGAGGAGAUCGGAAUGAAAUGAACUAAACAUCUGGGAAAGGAGAGAGCGGGGCCUCCCUCACCACAACUCCCAAAUAUAACUCUCCCAACUUCCACCUCAGAAACUAUAAUUGUUUCACUGAAACACCCGAAUAUAACUCUCCCAACUUCCACUUUAGAAAUUAUAAUUGUUGUAAACUACAGCGGUUCAAUGAUUCUAGGAAUAGACUCUAACUUACUUUAUUCAGCUAGCUAACUUGGUACAGUAUUCUUCCAUGAAAACCGCCCAGGGCACCGUAUCCUAUGACGCCAUAGCUAACUAGCAUGCUAGCAUCCAAUAACACACGGUUUAGCACCAAUACUUGGUUACAACAAACUACCAAUAGUGUGUUAACACACUAAACAGAUAAUUCGUGUCCGUGUCUAGUUCCUUUCAUAACGCAGCAAUAAUUAAACGUUGGCUAGCUAGCACAAAGUCAGUCAUGCUAGCUACACAAGUGGACUACACAUCUCGAAUGUUCAGAAAGGGAAGCUUUAUGUUGCAAAAUUAUCAUUGACUAAAAUUAUAUUGUAUUUAGCUGCUACAGUACUGCUAGCUGGUAGUGUUGGCUAGCUAGCAAUGGCUGUGGUGUUGACUUUGUUUGAAAAACGGCGUCGCUGCGAACGAAUGUAGCUGGCUAGCUAACCAGCAUGCUCUACUGUAGGUAUCUUUUUAGGAAUUGUUUUUACAUCUGUGUUUUUGCAUAUACAUUGAGUGAUUGAUUAAUGAAUCUUAUGCUACACAAAGAUAAAUAACAUACACUUUUCUAAACCAAUCCAAUCAUUUAGUUAGAUGUUUUGCACCCGUUACUGUAAUUGUCGUUCCAGUUUAAAUGGCUAAGUCUCCUCACAUCAUUCCAGGUGAUAGUGGGAUGUUGUCAUGCUGGCUGUUUUCCAAUAGGACUUACACAUCACUUUGCAAGAUUAAUGUGACUUGCAGGUAGGAUUGCAAAAUGUUGGUAUUUUUCAUGUUUUCCAGAAAUGUUGGUUGGAAGACUCCUGGAAAUCUGCGAAGCAGUUUUAUGAAAAAAAUUGUAUGUGUGAGUUUUGGAACAAGUGUAGUGGAUUUUUACAAUCCUUCUUGCAAGUCUGACUUAUGAGAUAUGUGAUGUAUCGCCAUAAAGCGUUAAAUUAUAAUAGUCACCUAGGAACUCACUUGGUGAAGGCCACAGGACUGUAAAUAAUGAAUUCAACAACCUCUGUCACUAACAAAUACAGUAAUGGGUGGUAACUACAAUUAACUCGAAAAGGCAAGGCACACUGGGAAAUUGUAUUGCAGGCGUGCCUUACUGGGGGCGUUACAAAAAAAAUUAAUGCUGAUACAACUCAAAUCUGGACCCCCCUAGAGCAGGGUUCCCCAACUGGCGGCCCACGGGUGGUGAAUUUUCAUCAUUGGACAUAAAAGACUGUAAAAACACCCGAAAUCAGCUCCAAGUGAUUCUAAUGAUCUGUUCCCAAGUAUUCCCACACAUAAUAGAUACUGUACAUGUGAUCGUAUACAAAUGUAAGUAAGGUUUGAAACGAUGUUUCAGUCAAAUAUUUUAUCUGUUUGGGAUUCUUGCGGUCAAAUUGCAGUCUCCAAAUUAUUUGUAAUUACGUUCCCGGCCCCCGACCAUCCACUCAAGAAAAGAAAUUGGACCGCAGCUGAAUCUAGUUGAUGAUCCCUACCCUACAGGGUCACAGUGACUAUCGGUUUGAGUAAUGACUACAAAAUCACUUAAGUAACUGUACUCAGAUAUAUUAAGUGCAAGAGGUUUCCUCAAAAGUUUCAUUGGAAUCCAGCCAGAGUUAGAAUACCCAACAGUUGACAUUUUCAUUCACCCUGCAACCUGUAUUCAUAAUGACUGGCAGGGUUUGGAACAUCGUGUGGAGAAUACCUUAUUCAUUUAAAGUGGAACAACAAUUUCAGUAACGGGUGCAAAACAAAUCUAACUAAAUGAUUUAAUUAGUUUAGAAAUAUGUAUGUUUUUUAUCUUUGUGUAGCAUAAAAUUAAUCAAUUAUUCACUGUACAUGCAAAACACAGAUAUUACAAACUAUUCCCAAAAAUCUACCUGCAGUAGAGCAUGGUGGGAAAAAGUUAACUUGUUAUCAUAACUUUUAAAACAUUUAGUUGAUGUGAUUUCUCAUUUAGUUUUGAAUCAGUACCACAUAAACAUUUUAAAUAAUAAUUACUUUUCAUUGACUUUGAGUUCAACUUACUAUAACUUUUUGAGUUAAAAAUGCCUUGUGGGUUUACAGUGAUGGACUAGUUACUGACAUCAUGUACCCUGCCUGCAGUGGUUCCCUGCCUGUGAAGGCCCCAGUGGUUGACAGUGCGUCUCCAGUCUACCAGGCUGUGAUCCAGCCACAUGACAGAGACGAGGAGAUGGCCGAGUGGGCCAGACGGGCUGCCAACCUGCAGUCCAAGAGCUUCAGGAUCCUGGCCCACCUCACCGGCACCGAAUACAGUCAGCACACUCAACUCCCUCUUUCUCUCUCGUUCUGUCCAUCUCUUAUUCUCUCUCUACUCUCCUUCCCUCUUCAUCCCCUGUCUUCUCUGUCUCUGUACCUCUGAGGACUUCAAGCAUUGAUUUAUUUUCUUCAUGUUUUACGUAUCCUCACUUCUCUUCUCCCUCUCUACUCUCUCUCUUCUUCCCCUCCAACCCCUCUCUUCUCCCUCUCUACUCUCUCUCUUUUUCCCCUCCACCCCCCUCUCUUCUCCCUCUCUACUCUCUCUCUUCUUCCCCUCCACCCCCUCUCUUCUCCCUCUCUACUCUCUCUCUUCUUCCCCUCCAACCCCUCUCUUCUCCCUCUCUACUCUCUCUCUUCUCCCUCUCCACCCCCUCUCUUCUUCCCCUCCACCCCCUCUCUUCUUCCCCUCCACCCCCUCUCUUCUUCCCCUCCACCCCCUCUCUUCUUCCCCUCCAACCCCUCUCUUCUUCCCUCCAACCCCUCUCUCUUCCCCUCCACCUCCAACCCCCUCUCUCUUCCCCUCCAACCCCUCUCUUCUUCCCCUCCCACCCCCUCUCUUCUUCCCCUCCAACCCCUCUCUUCUCCCUCUCUACGUCUCUCUCUUCUUCCCCUCCCCCCCUCUCUUCUUCCCCUCCACCCCCCUCUCUUCUUCCCCUCCAACCCCUCUCUUCUCCCUCUCUACUCUGUCUCUUCUUCCCCUCCUCCUCCCUUCAUUUCUCCCCCUUCUCUGUCCUCAGUGCAAGACCCAGAUGAGGAGGCCCUGCAGAGGUCAAGGUGAGGCGCACACACAGAGUCUUGUAUAACUAACCUUAUGGGGACACACAAUUCAUUCCCAUUCCAAAUCCAAUUUUCCCUAAACCUAACCCGUACCCUUACCCUAACCUUGAACCGGAAACCUAACCUUAACCCUAACACUAAACCUAACCCUAAAACUAACCCUAGCUCCUAACCCUAAACCUAAUCCUAACAUUAACCUUUACCCUAAACCCACUAAAAAUAGCAUUUGACCUUGUGGGGACUAACAAUGUAUAGUUAAACAUGUCCACGCACACACACACACAUUUGAUCCUCUGGUCUCUCUCUCUCUCUCUCUCUCUCUCUCUCUCUCUCUCUCUCUCUCUCUCUCUCUCUCUCUGUCUUUCUCCCAGGGAUAAGUUUGAGUCGGAAGUGAAAGGACCUCGCUUCCAGAAGCUGAAGAACUGGCACAACGGGCUCUCAGCUGGGAUCCUCAAUGUCCCCGAGACUCCCUUCUAA